CACGGCUGGACCCAGCAGUGGCGCUCAGGCUUUCCCCCCACGACAACCUCUCAACACACGCGACGAAACCAGCGCCCAAACCUCAGCAAUCGAUUGCACCACAUCCCUCAGCCCCCGACCCCCUCAAUUGACACUGCAUAAUGUCGGACUUUGGUGACGAUGACGUUGGCGGAGGCGACGAGCCCAUGUACGAGGACGAGGCGGCUGACUACUGGGACCCGGAGGCGCCCGUCGACGAGGAUGACGUAGUGCGAGCCGAGGGUGAUGAGGAGGAAGCCGAUAACGUCGUUGUGUCAGGAGACCCGUCGGCCGCGGCAAACUCAGGAAAGGGCAACGAAAAGUCUCACCGCGACAAGAAGAUUCCCGACGACCAGCGAACUACAACACCCUACAUGACGAAGUACGAGCGCGCUCGUAUCCUCGGCACCCGCGCUCUUCAGAUUAGUAUGAACGCGCCUGUGUUGGUGGACCUGGAAGGCGAGACAGAUCCUCUUCAAAUCGCGAUCAAGGAGCUCCGAGAGAAGAAGAUCCCUCUCAUCGUGCGCCGGUACAUGCCCGAUGGAUACUACGAGGAUUGGACUUGCGAGGAGCUUCUCCAGUAGACAGGGAAACAACUGGCUUUUCGUCACUUUCGGGGCAAAGAGAGACACGCACACGCGACUAGAUGCAAGGCACCUUAUACCCAUCUCCUAUUGUCGUUGCCUGAAGAGUAGUCAGACCCCCUCCUCCCUGAGCCGAGUCUCCAAAUCCGUUUCUUCCGCCCUUCUUCCCGAGUGUGCUCGCUUCGUUGCUGUUACGCAGGAAGAUCCUCGAGAACAAAACACUUGAAAAGAAACCCCCAGACUAAAAAGAUACAGCCAACAGGUGGUGGUAUGUAUCGUUGUACUUUGAAUUUUUGCAUUGAGCGUGGCGUUUUAUCUAGGCAAAAAAAUGGAAAAGAGGUUGGAAUAUCAGACCUAACAAGUAUACUUUCUCACAGUACCCUUUUUCCUUUUUCUGACAUCCG